UUUUAGUUUCUGAGGGCAGUGAGUCUUUCUUGGCAAGUUUUACUAGAAAUGGUGAAGUCCGAGCUAGAUCGUGUUCAAGCUCCAAAGGUUCUGUUUUUCUUGAUCGUAUGUCUCUUUCUCUCAGACUUUGCUUUCUCUGAAAUCUUCUUCGAGGAGCUUUUUGAAGAUGGAUGGAAGAGCCGAUGGGUCCUAUCAGACUGGAAAAGGAGCGAAGGGAAAGCAGGGACUUUUAAGUACACUGCGGGGAAGUGGUCUGGAGAUCCUGAUGACAAAGGUAUACAGACAUAUAAUGAUGCCAAACAUUUUGCCAUAUCUGCGAAGAUCCCGGAAUUGAGUAACAAGGACAAGACUCUUGUUGUUCAAUAUUCUAUUAAAUUUGAACAGGACAUUGAAUGUGGUGGUGGCUAUAUUAAACUUCUUUCUGGUUAUGUUAAUCAGAAGAAGUUUGGUGGUGAUACUCCUUACAGUUUCAUGUUUGGACCAGAUAUAUGUGGCUCACAGACCAAAAAGCUCCAUCUUAUUGUUUCCUACCAGGGGCAGAAUUAUCCUGUCAAAAAGGAUCUGCAGUGUGAAACAGAUAAGCUAACUCAUUUCUACACUUUCAUUCUUCGACCUGAUGCAUCUUAUAGUGUCCUAGUUGACAAUCGGGAAAGAGAAUCUGGGAGUUUGUAUACAGAUUGGGAUAUCCUUCCUCCUCGGAAAAUCAAGGAUGUGAAAGCGAAAAAGCCAGCCGACUGGGAUGAUAGAGAAUAUAUUAUUGAUCCUAAUGAUGUCAAACCUGAGGGAUAUGACUCCAUUCCAGCAGAGAUUCCUGACCCGAAAGCUAAAGAGCCUGAAAACUGGGAUGAGGAUGAGGAUGGAAUAUGGAGGUCACCUAAGAUCCCAAAUCCAGCAUACAAAGGACCAUGGAAAUCAAAGAAAAUCAAGAACCCCAAUUAUAAAGGAAAGUGGAAGACUCCAUGGAUCGAUAAUCCAGAGUUUGAAGAUGAUCCUGACCUUUAUGUCAUAAAGCCAAUAAAAUAUGUGGGCAUUGAAGUUUGGCAGGUGAAGGCUGGUUCAGUAUUCGACAACAUUUUGAUAUGUGAUGACCCACAGUAUGCAAGACAAGUUGUGGAAGAUUAUUUUACCCAUAAGAGGGAGGCUGAAAAAGAGGCCUUUGAAGAAGCAGAGAAAGAGAGGCGAGCACGGGAAGAAGAGGAAGCUCAAAGAGCAAGAGAGGAAGGUGAGAGGAGAAAAAAAGACAGGGAUCAACGACAUGGAUAUAAGCAGCAUCGUAGAAGGCAUGCUCGCGACCAUUUCGAUGAUUAUCAUGAUGAACUGUAAGGUGUUGGCAGUUACAGCCAUAUUUUUGUUCCAUCGGUCGCACUUCCAUGACAAAUGAUGGCAGGAUAUCAAGUUGCCUGCCUAAUCUGAUUGGAUUGUGGUAAUUUCUGUUGUAACAUUUUAUGCAAUAUCUAACAGCCAUUUCCACAAGUUUUAUAUACUGAUUGAUCCCUUUGGC